CAUGGUUUUUCUUUAGAAAAAGAACGAGUGAUCCAAAAGUUUCCAUUUACUAAUUUAUGGCCAUCACAUUGGUGAAUAAUAUCCUUCAGAACGACGUCGACUCACUCAAGACACUUCCAUUUCUUCCUCACUCUCUUCAGCGACAUAGCAAAAAGAAAAAGAAAACACAAUGUCUUCUUCACCGAAGUUCUUCAGAAUCGUAAUGCACAGAAAUCUCGAAGACCCAAAAAUGAUGAUUCCAAAGAAGUUUGUGGAAGAUUAUGAAGAAGAGUGCAAUUAUAUAUUCAGGGAGAUUCCAAGUUGUAAGAAAAGAUUAAUCCCAAAACACGAAAUCAAGGUUUCAAGGAAAAAACAACCAUCACCAAAGAAAGUUGAAACAGUUCAAAGAUUCAGUUCUAAAUCAGAUCAUCAACCUUCCUUCAAAGUUGUCAUGCGACAGUCCAACGUACAAGGUAGAUUUAACAUGGUAAGCCCCUCAUGUUUUAUUAAUCCCCCAUUGAACUCCUUGUUUGAUUUGUUAAUAUAUUUUUCAUUUGUCUUGGAGGUUAUUCCCUAUGAUUUUGCUGUGAAAUAUUUAUCCGAGGAAAUUGGGACCAUUAAACUUCAAACUACAGAUUGUAGAAAUUGGCAACUUUUGUACAAAUGGUGUCGAACGGACCGAGCAACUUACGCAUACAUUUCAAGUGGUUGGAAGCAUUUUGCUGAGGACAAUCGCUUGAAAGAAGGGGAUAUUGGAUUGUUUCAAUUGGUUAACAAACACAGCUUUUCGUUCACUAAAUUACAAAACAAUUCCCUUCCACCAGAGAAAGAAACUGCAGCAACAGGAAAUCCCUUCUUUGAAAACAUUCCUUUGAAAUUUGCAAACGAGUACUUUUCACCAGAAAUGCAAUCUGCAGACCUUCAAGUUGGGAACAAGAAAUGGAACGUGAUAUUAAAGCAAUACGAAGAUUCUCAAGUGGUUGGGGGCACAUUUCGUGGUGAAAGCGGUUUGAAAGAUGGAGAUAAAUGUUUGUUUGAAAUGGUUAAUACAGAACAAUGUGUUUUUAAGGUAAGCUUUUCUAGAAAUGUUUGAACCUCAGCCUCUAUGGACAGAAUAUUCUAAUGCCAAAACUUUGCCCUUCCUUAGACAUCUUUUUUUUUUUUUUUUUUUUUUUUUUUAAAUGUUGUGUAUGAGCGAGACUGUGAAGGUUAU